AUGCCUCUGCGGCUCGCCCUGCCCCCUGCCCGAGUGGGGCUCCGGUCUCACCCGGCCGUCACCCGGGCGGCGGAGGGCUUGCUGCUCUGUGCCCUGACGCCCUGCUCUGCGAUUCUGAUUCAGCCCCUCUGUGCCAUUGUAACCAGCUGCCCCCAGGGGACCAUAAACACAGAUGCCGACCCCGAAUGCGCUGUGCCUCCCCCCGCCAAGAGCAGCCUUGCCUGUCUGUGCAUAAGUAAAAUCGACAGUGGCUUUAUCAUCCGACAGCUCUGA